CCGGAAGUGCUAUUGCUUUUCUGAGUUUUAUGUCUCCUCGUUGAUAUUUUGUUCCUUCUGAGGUGAUUGACAUGUUGCCAGUGUUGGUGGUCCAUGGAGGGGCGGGUCAUAUCCCAAAGGAGCGGUCAGAAAAGUCCACUGCAGGGGUGUGCUCAGCAGUCCGAGCAGGGUACGCCAUCCUCCAGGGAGGGGGCAGCAGCAUGGAUGCGGUGGUAGAGGCUGUGUCCCAGCUGGAGAAUAAUCCCUCCUUCAAUGCAGGGUGUGGGUCAGUGCUGAAUGUCAAAGGAGAGGUGGAGAUGGAUGCCAUUGUGAUGGAUGGGAAAACAUUGGGAAGCGGUGCAGUGUCUGCGGUACGCAGCAUAGCCAACCCUGUGCAGCUAGCAAGACUGGUUAUGGACAAGACAAGUCAUGCUUGUCUGACAGCAGAAGGUGCCACUCAGUUUGCUUCAGCCAUGGGUGUCCCUACAGUCCCCCAAGAGUCCCUCAUCACUGAGUACUCCCGUAUGCGCUGGAAGAAGAACUUGGCACCCGAUGCCAACCCUGUGGAGUGCCAAAUGGGGAAGAUGGGCACAGUUGGAGCUGUAGCAGUGGAUAGUGAUGGCAAUAUAGCCUGUGCAACCUCCACUGGUGGAAUGCUGAACAAGAUGGAGGGAAGGGUGGGGGACACCCCCUGCAUAGGGUGUGGGGGUUAUGCUGACAACAAGAUCGGAGCAGUAUCAACAACAGGCCACGGAGAAGCCAUCAUGAAAGUUACUCUGGCAAGAGUCAUCCUGUUCCACAUGGAGCAAGGUCAGUCAGUAGAGGCAGCCAGUGACUUGGGCUUGGCCUACAUGAAGUCCAGAGUGGAUGGGCUGGGUGGGGUGGUGACAGUGGACCCUCAGGGCCACUGGGCAGCUCGCUUCUCAAGCCUGCAAAUGUCCUGGGGUGCAGCCCAGAAAGACACCCUGCACUAUGGCCUAUACACUGGGGAACACUUCACACAGAGGAUCGAUGUCCCACACUGACAGGAAAUACACAACAUACAGUAUGUGCUAAUGGAAAAAAGAAAUAAUUGAAACUGAGGAUACUGAUACGACUUAAAACUAAUGAAAACGAAAUUUAAGAAAUCAUUAGAAUGAAUUCAGUUUGAGGUGUUCUGGUAGCCAUUCAUUAAAUUCAUUAAAGCACUCUACAUAGAGGAUACAUGAGGAAGAGUGGUGAGAACACACCUUAGAUCCUUAAAGUCUCAAAGACAUUGACAGACUGUAGAGAUGAGACUUCCUGCUAAAGUCAGGUCAUUGUUUGAAGCCAGAUGAGGCUGAGCACUGACAACGAGAGCUGUGUCACUGUGGGGUCUGGCUGUCAUGAACUCAGGAGGAUUUAUAAUCAAAUGACCUGUUUAUCAGAGACCUAAUCAACGCUAGCCAAUCUAAAGUAAGGGUUAUUGAAUUUCACAUUUUUGCCUAAAAGUAGAAUUUUGUUAAAAUGUCAUGUAUGAUUUUAUGUAUAUAUAUUUUUUAUAUAACAUAGAAAGUUUCAAAUCAAUCACUAAAUAAAAAUAUUUUGUUUGACAGAAAUCUGACUUUUAUGAUUCAUAAUUUGAGCAAUAGAAAAUCUGCAUUUUUUGUAUUUCUUAGCCGAUCAUAUUUUAAAUGAACAGCCAGUUUUGCUGAUGUGUUUCUAAAACUUACUACUAUAAACUAAUAUGUAACUGCAUAGAAACUUUUAACUCAUCAAUAAAUGCUUCUAUUGAAUGUCUCUUUUGAUUUAAAUUUUCAUUUUUGUCUUGUGAAAUGAAACACUUAUAAACUUUGUAUUUCAGAGAGAACAACUAUUUGAGCCUCUGUAUUAUCACAGAAAAUGCAUGUGAUUUUUUUCUGUAGUAUAGUUUAGUAGUGUUGUAGUGUAGUGAUGAAACAUCGCUACACAGUUUGAAUCUGAGCCAGUAUCAGUUAAGUGUUGCUCAUCAAAUGAUUGUUAAUGCUGAAGCUUUGUUUAAGGAUAACACUGAUGAU